GAGGUGCGCGGUUAUUCCGUUUAGAAAAUGGCGGAGUGAUUAAAGCAAAAGCCAGAUUGAAAAGAUUGAAGAGGCGGAAAGAAACGGAUUCAUACAGACAGCGAAGGUUUAUAUUGAAAGUAACUACAUUAGGCUGCAGUACUUUUUCAUAUCGAUUGACAGGAAAAGGUUGCAAUGGCGAAGAGGGUUGCUGACAAGGAACUCACUGACAGGAACUGGGAUCAGGAAGAAGAAAGCGAAGAGGCUGGGAUUUUCUCUGUAGCAAGUGAAGAUGUCAUGAAAAACAGACCUAUCAAAAAAGCAAAGCGCAGAAACUUAGGAACUGAGACUGACAGUGGUGGAACCUUUAAGGGGUUUAAAGGCUUCUCUCUGUGUGGAGCAGGCUGUGGGGGAGCUGGAGGAAGCACUGUAGGCUUCGGAAACGGUUCUCUAUUUAAACCACUGCCCAGCCUGGCCAACGGAACUAGUGGUUUAUCAAGCACACCCUCGUUCACUGGGUUCAAUGCUGCCUUCGAAACAAAGACCACAUCUGGCUCAUUAACAUUUAAUGGCCCUGCCUCCAUCCAGCUUCAGAAGAGUGAUGUCAGUACAGAAUCUAAUGGUGUGAGUCAGUCCAGCUCUGCCUCUAGCUCCACUCAGAAUAAAAGCCACAGCAGUCUAGAAUAUAACAGACAGCUAGCUAGCCUGAACUGCUCUCUGCGGGACUGGGUCACAAAGCACGUCAAUGUCAACCCCUUGUGUGACCUCAGCCCUAUAUUCAGUGAUUACAAGAAGCAUUUAGCCUCCAUUGAGAAGAAACACGGAGGCAGCUCUGACAGUGGUUCCGAGAGCGACGCCAGCAGCAGACAGUCGGAGUCUUUCUCUCUCCCGACGCUCAGCUCUUCAAAUCUUCAGCAGGGUGCAGCAACAGCAUUGUUCACAUUCAGCACCGACCAAAAGGAGAGCACCACUUCAGAGAAGAGGGCAGGCUCUGCUGCUUCAGCAGCCCCCGCCACCAAUGUCACUUUUAGUUUUGGGAAGAAAGUGGACAGCUCUGUCUUGGGAUCCCAGCCUACCACUAGCACGGCGGCAACACCUACUUUUUCCUUUUCAAGCCAAGGCACAAGUUCUUUAUUUGGAAGCCAAGGAAAGCCUCCAGCCAGUUUCUCUUUUGGUUUGUCAGCACCUCAAACUACUGGUGGAAAUGGAAAUACCCCAACAGAAGAAAGAGGUAAUGAAGAAGAGACUGAAGAGCCUCCCAAACCUGUUGUCAAUGAAGUGAAGGAGGAUGAUGCCUUUUAUUCUACAAAAUGUAAGCUGUUCUACAAGAAAGACAAUGAAUUUAAAGAGAAGGGUGUGGGCACGCUGCAUCUGAAACAAGUAGCUGAACAAAAGACCCAACUGUUGGUGAGAGCGGACACCAAUUUAGGGAACAUCUUGCUAAACAUUCUGGUGCAGUCUUCAAUGCCCUGCACAAGGAUGGGAAAGAACAACGUCAUGGUAGUGUGUGUCCCCAACCCCCCAGUGGAUGAGAAGAGCCCGACCACACCCGUCCCGAUGUUAAUCCGGGUGAAAACUGCACAGGAUGCCGACGAGCUGCACAAAAUCAUAAAGGAAAAGAAGGCUGCAUAGCAUUCAGUGUGUGUGAAGAAAUGUGGUCACUCGUCUGCUUUGAAAAUGUUUUUCAUCUGGUGGUCCUUUGUGUGGAGCGCAAUAAAAUGAUUGUUGUACUGUGUUUUUUGUUGCUGUUGAGAUCAUUUUAAGAUAUUUCAAAGAAAUAUAUAAUGUUCACAUCCAUCAUAAUGAAUGAUAAACAUUGUAGGACCUCCUUUUUACACUGCGAGUGUAUUUUAGUUUAAAUAAAACUGAUCAUCAAAACUGUGAACUACGAAUACACUUUUCUCCUUUGAUCUGAACCGUUCCAAGGUGCACAUUUUCGUUUGAUUUUGAUGUCUAAGAGCUAGACGGUCAGCGGAUAUAGGCCGAUAGGAUAGUGAUGCUUAGUUUUACACCUCUCCAUUGACAAGGGGGUUCAUGGAGGCCUGUUUUAAAAAUUACUUACAAACUGUCUGGUAAGGACUUACCUGGAUUGAGUAACAUUCCAGCGAGUUUGUGCUGCUACCAUUUUAAUCUUCAGUAAAAAUAGAUAGGCAAGGAAGAGUAAUAGCUUGGAAGAUCCCGAGGCUUGUCCUUGGGAGUGAUUUAAGUUAGUUUUAUCUUUUUGCAAGUGUUGUGCCAGGAGAAUAUUGAGGUUUGGCUUAACAUUAACAUAGUUUACAGGUCAAUGUAUUGUAAUGCGACAACAUAAAAGUGCAUUUUUGAAACUGACAAAGUUGUCUAAAAUGACUUUUGCUGAAGUAUGCAGAGCUCGACUUUAAAAUAAUUUAGGGUAUAGUUAAAUUUGAGAUUUUGUCUCAAGUUUGCAAGUCUAUAGAUAUGUAUCUCAGCAAAUGCUAUCAGGGUUUGACUGUUUUUACAAAACUUGAAUUGCUGAUUUUCAGAACUGUAAAAUAAAAGGCAUUUUUUACAUUGUAUAUUUAAACAAUGACUACAUUACAAGUAUUUCUUCAAUAGAUGAAAUGCCUCUUACCUGGCAAAAGGGAUUUUGACAUUUUCAGUCUACUUGCCAAUAUAUUUUAUUUGGAUUUACUAGUCCUGAAGAGUUCUGCUGUGCUUGUAGAAUGACCAUGGUGUAAAUGUAACCCUUAAAUCGUUUUACUUUUCCACAACUUGUCAAUUUUACACGUUGUUGCAGAUGUAAGUCAGCGUAUUCUUCAACUGUACUGUUAAAAUGGAUUUGAUUGAAUCUUAAUAAAGUGUCCUUUGUAUGCCUUUGUAAAA